AUGUACUCAUGUUCGCCGAUUGAAUUUUCCGCUAUAUUGUACAUGUGUACUGAAGACAAAACACUAGUUGAAAUUCGCUCGAACAACAUGACGGCAGAAGAACGUCGUCCUCGAACUGGCAAGCAGGAAUCAGUCCGAGUCGUUGUACGAUGUCGUCCACUAUCCGAAGUGGAAAUAGGGCAAGGACAUCAAGGAAUCGUGUCGAUGUACCCCGAUCGAGGCCUUGUUGAACUAAGAAACCCUAAAGAUCUCCAAGAACCAUCCAAAGAUUUCACUUUUGAUGCGAUUUACAAUGAGAGCUCGAAACAACUCGAUCUCUACGAUGAAACAUUCCGCGAUCUUGUCGAUUCGGUACUUAACGGUUUUAAUGGCACUAUUUUUGCUUAUGGACAAACGGGAACUGGAAAGACUUAUACCAUGGAAGGAAAACCCUCGAUAGCGGAAGAACGGGGAGUGAUCUACAAUUGUUUUGAGCAUAUUUUCCAACACAUUGCACAGUCUCGUAACCAGCAAUACCUAGUCAGAGCUAGUUAUUUGGAGAUAUACCAAGAAGAACUUCGUGAUCUCCUUAGCAAAGACGACAAAGUGAAAUUGGAGCUGAAGGAGAAACCCGAUGUCGGUGUUUACGUUAAAGAUCUCACCACGUUCCUGACGAAAUCCGUCGAAGAAAUUCAACGAGUAAUGGCUGUAGGGAAUGCAAAUCGAUCUGUAGGGCGAACUAAUAUGAAUGAACACUCCAGUCGAUCUCAUGCCAUAUUUAUCAUUACAGUAGAAUGCAGUGAAAUGGGGGAAGAUGGCGAGAAUCAUAUACGGGUUGGACGUUUGAACCUUGUCGAUCUGGCUGGUAGUGAAAGACAAGCGAAAACUGGUGCUACUGGCGAGAGAUUCAAGGAAGCUACAAAAAUCAACUUAUCAUUAUCGGCACUUGGAAAUGUGAUCUCAGCUUUGGUAGAUGGUAAAAGCACUCACAUACCUUAUCGAGAUAGCAAACUUACAAGAUUAUUGCAAGAUUCACUUGGAGGAAAUUCUAAGACGGUGAUGGUGGCAUGCAUAGGGCCAGCUUCGUAUAAUUAUGAAGAGACGUUGGGUACUCUUCGUUACGCCAACAGAGCGAAAAACAUCAAAAAUAAACCAAAAAUCAACGAAGACCCCAAGGAUGCCAUGUUGCGAGAGUUCCAGGAUGAAAUCCAACGAUUACGUGCAUUGCUGGAGCAACGUUCGCGUCGAAAAGGUCGAGGUGGAAUGGACGAGUCUCGAGGUGAGGAAUACUUCCGAGAGCAACACUUGAAGUUGGCUGCUGACAGGGAACAUGCUAUGCGUGAUGAAUCGCUUAUCUUGGAAGAGCGAAAACGCAUCAUCGCGGAUUUGGAAGAACGUCAACGGCAGUUAGAGCGGGAACAAGCAGCUCAAAGAGAAGUCGCAGAGACAAUAGCGAAGAUGGAAAGCAAAUUAUUGGGUGGCACGGAUCUUCUGGAUCAUACAAAGCAGCAAGAAGUUGAGCUAGCGAAUCGACGGCGUGAGCUGGCUGAGCAAAAGAAGCGUGAACGCGAGAUUUUGCAACAACUGGAGCGACAGGAAGACGACACUGCUGAGAUACAUCAGACCUACUCUAGCCUGCAGCAGGAAGUUGAAGCAAAGACCAGAAAACUUCGAAAACUGCAUCUUAAGCUGCAAAAGGCAAGAAAUGAGUUACACGAUUCAGCGCUGUUACAUUCUCAAGAACGCCAAGAUUUAGAGGGUUCUGUCACAGAAAUCAACAAGGAGUUGAAGCUCAAGCUUCUGAUAGUGGAGAAUUUCAUUCCACCCGAAGUUGCCAACAGAGUCCGUGAACGAGCCCAGUGGUUUGACGACGAACAACAGUGGCGGUUACCGGGCGCCAGGCCGCUGUCAGCCAGUCGACCGCCGACUGCACCGUUAGCCAAUGUGUUAUUGGUGGAUGGCCAGAAUUUGCUAACACACUCGACAGCUGAUUCUGGCGUGUGUAGUACCGACGCAAGCACUUCAGUCGAGCAGAACGAUUAUUUGGACAAGCGACCGGUAUCUACACCCGGCUUACGGCGGCCUAUGUCCGCUUGGGAGCGGAUGAUGGUAGACCGAGCCAGAGAACAGAUGAGUCGACAACGUCGACCACCAAUAAACGGUUCAUCUGCUAUCGUCGAGGCCGUUCUGAACGAGGACCUCAUACGGUUUUGUGGCGAGAAUGUGCUUGUAUUCUCUUCGCUCGAGCGACUCCAACCUAGGGUCAGCGACUAUGAUCCUACUAAAGUUACGAGCAAGUUUGAUCUGCCAAAACGGCAAGAGGAGAAAAGUCUAUUAAUCGAUGCAUCGAAAGCCGCACCAAAUUUGAAGAGCCGUCUUCGUUCCCCAUCAACAGACAUGAGAUCUCGCUCAAAAAACGGACUCGCCCGCAACGCGCUAGCCAAAUCCAUCAACGCCACCCCGUCCGCAGUGCUUUAUCCAAAAGCUCGCGGUCUCCAUAUUAAUGUGGUGGAAGCUUUUCGGACAUGUGUAAAGCCUAAUGUUGACUGUCUCAAUGUUCCUUGCACUUCAUCUACUUCUACGUCAUCCGAAUCGGAAGGCAUCUGCGCUGAUUAUCUCAGCAAGAACAGCAACUCUAUGACGUCUUCUGCUUACGAGGAUGAGCAUAUACCUCGUCGACUCAAUGACUCUCUGUAUAGGAAUGUGAUCAACAUGGAUCGUUCCGUGGACUUCUCGGAUUACCCUGCCUACAGUUCCGCUUCAAGAAGUCACAUGGGAUUCUCAGGCUACCUUGAGCCCCCAAGAUCUACGCGAAUUCCUACAUUGAUGUCAAGAAGCUUAUCUGCUUCAUGUGAAAGGAAUCCUGCUUUGCGACGGAACACGUAUUCCACGCCGAUUGCAAUAGGAUCUGGUGAUCAGCUUUGUGAUGAAAGUACUAAUCCGAAAGAGGAAAUCAAACGGCUGCUUGAAAGAAGCAGAGCGAGGCAACCCGUCCGAAUUGCUGGUUAUGAAGCCAGAUGCCUUCUGCCCACCACACCGCAGAUGACAGCAUCGUUACCUCCCUUGACCAGACGAUCAAGAAGUCGUCCAAGGCUGCUGCAGCGUCCGCAGAUGCCCAGAAGAGGCGAACAGUCACCACUUGGCUGCAGGCCUUUUGCGUCCAGAAGCCAAAGUAGAAGUAGAAUGGCAGCAGCUGAUGCCUCGUCGACGCCGGUGCAAGGUAGAAAGAGGAGAAGAUGUCAAAGGAACAAAUUAGGUGGAUACCCUCUUGAUGUCAGGCGCCUUGUGAAAAUCUAUCCUUCAAGCUUAUCGAGAUGCCGAGUCUGUCGAUUUGAUAGCGCUCUCCGUCGAUUGGUGACAAAAAGAAGUCCCAGAUUCAUACCAAGUGGGAUUGCAAAAGUUAAUGUUGUGCGGAGAAUUCUGUGCAUCUGCAGUCGGGAUGUCAUCACUGAUCCAACAAUAACCUCGAAAAGUGCUUCAUUCAUUGAACCAAUCGCUGCUCAGCACAUUAUGCACUUGUUUGAUUGCGCUGCGCUUUUUGCUCUGAUUGCACUACUCCUUAGCGUCACCCUCAGACUGCUUGCUCUCUGAGCUCUUCGUUUUUCCUUUUUUCUUCCAUUGACUAUUGUGAUGAGAUAUUGUUACACUGCAAGUUGGGACCUCAAUUAUGUGUGUGAAUAUUUACGGACGCGUUGCGGGCCUUUUUGUCUUUUGUUUAUUUAUAGAGAAGGAUCUAAUCACUAGUGAUAUCUGUGAGAUUCGAUAGACUGUCUAGUGUUAAUGCCUACUAUCUAAUACGGUUUGCAACUCCUAUUAGCUUGUACAUACUAUUGCUACGUUUUUAAAGAUAUCCAUAGUGACCAGAAAAUUAAAGUAGAAUAAAUCGUUCUAAAAGA